UUUUUUCAUUGCAGGUAACAAAACACUGGUCCUGUCCAGCCCACAGAGGCUCGGAUGAGGAAGUGGCUCCACUGAUACGUGCGCUGAAUAGGACAGAUAAUAAAAGUUUUCCUGCAGUCCCUGCAGCCAUGAAGCUUCGACUGCACUUUGUGGUGGACCCCAUGGGCUGGCUGUGCAUCAGCAUGGUAUUUGGGAUCUGGUUGUACAACACGUUCUUCAUUCCUAAGCUGGUUCUGCUUCCACACUACAAUGAAGGACACAUCCCCUGGGCCACAGUUGUUUGUUAUUACAUAGCAUCAGCACUCUGCAUAGCGGCCCUCGUCAGAGCUUCGACAGCAGAUCCCGGGCGUCUUCCUGUGGACCCCCACAUACCUCACUCUGAGCGAGAGCACUGGGAGCUGUGCAAUAAGUGCAACUUAAUGAGACCUAAAAGGUCCCACCACUGCAGUCGUUGUGGCCACUGUGUACGCAGGAUGGACCACCACUGUCCUUGGAUCAAUAACUGCGUGGGAGAAGACAACCACUGGCUUUUCCUGCAGCUCUGUUUCUACGCUCAGGUCCUAAGUUUGUUCACCCUGGUGUUGGACUUCUGCCAAUACUAUUACUUCCAGCCACUGACAGGACUAGACCAGGAGAAGUUUAUGACACGCCAUGAACUGGCUCUGCUGCGAGUCUCAGCGCUCAUGGGUGUGGUCAUGUUCGGUGGCAUGACCAGCUUGUUUUAUACACAGAUGACGGGCAUCCUGUCUGAUACUACCACCAUUGAGAAAAUGGCUCAGUUCUCAAAUGAAAUAUACGGCUCAAAGAGAUCCUGGCAGUGGGCACUAGCUGAAGUUUGCGGCACUCGCUGGAAACUCCUGUGGUUCCUCCCGCUCCGAAACAGGCAGCCGCUCCAAGCCAGCCACCACUCCCGUGCCCACGUGUAGGUCGGUAGCGCUACACUACCUCCUGCCUGCACAGAUGGUACGGGCUGCCAUGAUGAAACACUGUAUACACACUUAAAGAAUCCAUCUGCUCGCCUUCACCGUCCUCUUUUGUGCUAUGGGAACUGGGCAGCAGUGUUGGUUUGUCAGUGGAUACUGGAAGCUUUUUUUUUUUUUUUUUUUUUUUUUUUGGUUUUAUUUAUUUUAAUAUUUUUGUUUUCUUUUGCCUUUCUCUACAAGACCCAGACUGGCAGUAAACAGGGUCAAGAAACACCUUUGGGAUUGACGGGAAAAUGUUGCUUUUUUACUCACUGUGACUGCUACUUUCAGCAUUUGGAAAACACUUUUAAUGGCUAAGUGCAUCAGAAGGAUGGAAGUCUGCACCUGAAAGCAGCUGGCAAAAGGGACCCCUCUCAGGUUACUUUAAUCAAAAGAGCCUUUACUACUGACCUUUAAUCAACUACAGACAGAGCUAGGGUAACUCCAGUGUGUCUGUUAGAAAGGCAUUUUUUGUAUAAAGUUUGUGCCUUGUUUCUUUUAGCUCUGUCCUUUUUUUUUAUUUGUUACGCAUGAGCAUUGCUUUUUCGUUAUAUUUUCUGGUUGCUGAUCUUCCAGUUGGCAAAUUUCAUGUGAAUAGUGAAGGGAUCUUUAAAUGGUGAUCAUAUGAUGAUUCAUGAAUGUUUCCUUGCUUUGUUCUGUGAUCGUUUUACCUAUGAAGUGAUGUUUUAUGAAGCAUGGCCACAGAACAAAGUUGAUAACUUGAAUAAUGAUGACACUCAACCAACCGGUUACGAAGAUGUGUGAUAACAAGCAGACAGUUAACAAUUCCUGAUACCAUGGUGCAAUAAUCCAAAUUUAGAAACAAGUCAACAAUAAUAAUCUUAGGCUGUAUCUGUCGUGAUCAAAUCUGUUGUAUAAUCAAGUUGUUUCUCUGCGUAUAACAAACAUUACAAAGUCAAUUAAUAUCAUGACAUGUUGUGAACUCACAUACUGUCCUCAAAGAUCACUUAAACCUCUCUAUUGAUCUUAAAGGAGUAGUCUGACAUUCUGAGAAGAGCGUGAAUAAGUGUAUUUUCCCAGAAUAUCGUCCUAUUCCUUAAAAUCGGACUGUUUAGCAUAAACCUGCUGUAUCAACCAUAGCACUUACAAAGCAUUGGCACAAAUGACUUUUGAAUACAUUGUUCAUUUUAUACUGCUGACAAAAUCAUUUGUGAUUUAUACUUAUCAUGUUAGUGCUGCAGCUGACAUAGUAAGGUCUUAACAAGCAACCCAAACACAAGCAGAUCAGCGUACUUUUGGCAUACAGCUAGUUAACACUUGACACAUCACUGGCGAUUUUGCUGUAAAUCUAUGGUACUGAAUAGAGAUUUAUUGAAUUCUUUAACUGAAGAAGAUGAUUCAGUGCAUAACAAUGCUAGCAUAGUGUGGUUGCCACCGUCUAUAAUACUUGGCAGCCACUUAGCUCAAGCUGUACGUAAACAAAGCUUGCCAUGUGCUGGAAACAUUACAAUAUCCAAGUAGUUUUAAGUGCCUGUCGAGGUCUUCUUUUUACUCUCACAGUACAUCAUCAUCAUGUUGUUCUCCAUACAAGCCAAAGACCGGGGGAAAUGUUGCAAUAGUCAGCAAGCAUUCAGUAAAAGCAUGUCUCACCAAAUGUCUGAAGGUAGCGGUUCGAUAUUAUGCACUGAUUUUUGCAUUAGCACACAGUCUGUUUCACUGCAAUCUUCACAUGAAGAAAUUUUAUUUGUCGUGUAUCCCUUUUUUAAUUCAUACCUCUAAUCAAAUUGUUUGCAUUUGCAUGAGUGUGUGUUGAUAUCCUUGCUCAGUGGUUUUUAUAACUCAGAUUCAGGUUCUUGGAUGUUUGUAUUUUAUUUUUUUGUGGUUUGAUAGUGGGUGGGUAAAUGUGUGUGAUUGGUGGUAAAAGAAUGGGGUACUGAUGAAUUCAUUAAGAAUUUCUUUAUAUAUAAUUUUUGAAAGCAAUAAGCGCUGUGUGUCAGUGAAGCCACCUUUAUUGUUACAACAGUAGUGAAAAUCUGAUACGUAUUGUGAAGUAUAUGAACUGGAUGGAUGGGUUUCACUCUUGACUCAUUAACCAGUGAUAACUGAUUGUUUGUCAAUACUUCAGUAACCUCAGCCAAGAUUAAUACUACUGUAGCUGCUGUGUGUAAUUGUAAAGCAUUUUUCCAAUGAACAACAUGUCAGCCACAGGACCUCAUGUUGUUAGCAACAGGCUAACAGAAAAGCUCAAAUUCAUUUUGUUGAAUCAAGAGCUGCAGGAGACUGGAGGUGUGAACGUUUCAGAGAAGCUGUGCUCACUCACUUCCCUCCACAGCCGCUAUCUGGCGUCCCACAGGGCUCUCAGUUUGGAUCUGUGCUCUUUUGUUCACAUUGUUCAUUUGCUGUUUUUUGGAAUGUGUUCUCAAGCUUUAUUUUGUUUGAUUCAGACCUCAAACACUGGAACAGUUGUGUUUUGUGAAUUAAAUUAAUAAACCAUAAAUAUGUUACCCAUUUAUUUACAUCUAGAAAGCCCUGUGAGAAAAAUCUGUUAAUUAUCUUAGAAAAGUGUAUCAAUUGUGAUUAUAAAAAAUAUCAUAAAGGUAUUCAUAUUCUAAUAAAUUAGAUUCUGAAUAAGUCUGA